AUGGCUAUUGAGGAGCAUAGUUGCAAAGAGGAAGUGAAAGUUGAAGUGGAAGAAGGAAGGAUUUUACAGAUUAGCGGUGAGAGAAGCAGAGAGCAAGAGGAGAAGAAUGAUCAGUGGCACCGUAUGGAGAGGAGUAGCGGUAAGUUUAUAAGGAGAUUCAGACUGCCGGAGAAUGCAAAGACUGGAGACAUAAAGGCAGCGAUGGAGAAUGGGGUGCUCACUGUGACUGUUCCUAAAGAAGAAGAGAAGAAGAAAUCUGAGGUGAAGGCCAUUGACAUCUCUGGUUAAAGAAAUGCAGAUCAAGUGUUUGAUGAAAGUCCCUUUUAUCAAUAAUGCAUUAAUGUUUGGUUAGUUGGGAAAUUAAGCUUUUAAUCUGAAUUAUGUGUAAUUGUCUAAGUUGUAAACAAGAAAAUGGUGUGAGAGUUUAAUUAAUGAAUAAUUUCAUUUUUAACAUUUAUUUAGUAGUUGUUGUUUCUC